UUCUCUUCUCCCCCUCCGAGACAAGCUCCGCUCUGAAGUCUGAACUUUCGGUGAAGAACCGGAACUCACCCCGCGUGGCGCGGGAUCUUAACUGCGCCCGUCGAUCUCCCUCCGGAACCCUAUCCCACCAUCGCGUGCAACUGCUCGUAUAAGCCGCAAUCCAGAGGCAGAAGUGGUGGUUUCUGCCGAGAGCCAGCCAAGACGACUCUGUUCUGAUUCAGUUGAGAAGAAGUGCGGUACCAGGGAAAGAUUUGCGUGCGUCUUCGCGGCAUGGAGAAGCGGAUGGGGAGAUGAGGCGGUGGAGCUCAGUUUUGAUUUAGUAGUCGGCUCAAACAGCAGCGUACACGACAUGUUGUUUUGAAGUCUUGAAGUGCUGGUGUUGUCUGGCCGAGGAGUUGGGCAGCGAUGGCUCCCAAUGCUAAUGGCGGCGGUGAGGGGCACGAGAUCGUCGAGGUCGUCGGCGAGCCUGGUUCGCCAUCGGGGACUAUGCGGUUGAUGGACUUCAUCCCCGUCUACAUCCCGACGGUGGAGAGGGGCGCGCUCAGCAAGAGCCGGCGCAAGCGGCGGUUCUUGGACUUCCUCCGCGCCCACCCGUCCAAGGACUGGUUCCUCCGGUCCACCUUCGUCGGCCGCCUCCGCGGCAGGAGCCAGACGUCGUCGGGGGCAGAGCCUGACUCGGAGGAAAGCGACGGAGGGCGCCGGCCGCGGAGGCGCUUCCGCGUGCCGUUCGUGCGGAAGAUCAAGUGGGGCAAGCUGUGGAGCUACGCAGUGAGCUGGUGCAAGAAGCCCGAAAACUUCGCGAUGCUUAUCUGGCUGGCGUUCGUCGCUGCGGGCCUGCUGCUGAUGUUCAUGCUCAUGACCGGCAUGCUCAACGACGCAAUCCCCGACGACGAGAAGCGCAAGAAGUGGACGGAGGUGACCAACCAGAUCCUCAACGCGCUCUUCACCAUCAUGUGCCUGUACCAGCACCCCAAGAUCUUCCACCACAUCGUGCUGCUGCUCCGAUGGCGCCCCGACGGCGACCGCGAGGAGAUCCGGAAGGUGUACUGCAAGGACGGCGCCGCGCGCCCGCACGACCGCGCGCACAUGCUCGUCGUGGUGGCGCUGCUGCACGUCACCUGCUUUGCUCAGUACUAUUGCUGCGCUCUGUUCUGGAGCUAUACGCGCAAGGACCGGCCGGACUGGGCGCUCAAUAUCGGCUACGGCUUCGGCACGGGGUGUCCGGUCGUCGCCGGCCUCUACGCGGCGUACAGCCCGCUGGGACGGAAGCAGUCCGACGAGCCCGACACUGAGGCGUCGUCCCGCAGAGACGUCGAGCAGGAGAAUCGGGCCGAGAACGACGGCCGGGACGUGGAGAUCAAGAUAUACAACCGUCGCGUGGUGGUGAGCAGCCCGGAAUGGAGCGGCGGUCUGUUCGACUGCUGCGACGACGGGACGGUGUGCGCGCUGUCGACGACGUGCACAUUCUGCGUGUUCGGGUGGAACAUAGAGCGGCUCGGGUUCGGCAACAUGUACGUGCACGCCUUCACCUUCAUCCUGCUCUGCGUGGCGCCGUUCCUCAUCUUCAGCGUGACGGCGCUCAACGUCCACGACGACGACAUCCGCGACACAGUGGUCGCCGCGGGCGUGCUCCUGGGCUUCUGCGGGUUCCUGUACGGCGGGUUCUGGCGCGCGCAGAUGCGGAAGAGGUACAAGCUCCCCGGCGGGCGCGGGUGGUGGUGGUGCGGCAGCGCGGCGGUGGGCGACUGCGCCAAGUGGCUCUUCUGCUGGAGCUGCGCGCUGGCGCAGGAGGUGCGGACGGCCAACUUCUACGACGUGGAGGACGACCGGUUCGUCGCGGUCCUCGGGGCGCGCAACGGGGAGGGGCGCCCCGUGCUGUUGCCGCUGCCGCGCGAGGCGUCCACAGUGCACACCCGGAGCCUGUCGUGCCCGCCCGAGAUCGACGCGGUGAGCGGCGCAGGGACGAGCUCGAUGGGGGUGGAGAUGGCCCGCGGCAUGGAGAGGUCGGCCACGUACCACGCCAUGAGGCCGCCACUGCCUCCCCUGAUACAAAUGGACCAAGAAGAGUAGCGGCAUUGUCUAGUAGUACUACCAUGUACUCUAGCUGUAACGGUAUACGUACGUACGUAUAUUAUAGUAGGUAGUAAGAUCAUCUAUAACUAUA